AUGCACCAUCAGUAUGGCGCCGGAAUUCUAGAGCGUGGUUGGAAUGUGCUAUGCUACGACGGCCCAGAACAGAUCUGUGCACGCCGUUAUCAAGGAAUCGGUUUCACCCACGAGUGGGAAACAGUCGUCUCCCCUGUUCUGGACUUCCUGGAAACUCUACCAAUCGUCAAUAUGAAUAUCGAUGGAUUAUACAAUCUUAUGGGUAUCCCCGUCUUCGAUGCCGAGAAGGGCCUGGCUCAAUACUCGGGAGUCCAGGACUUUGCUGCAGCAGAGAAAGUCUUCACGGACCCUGGUGUCCCAACGACAGCUCGCUGGCCCCUGUCUCAUGGUUUAUGGGCUUUCAAAGUUCGAACCCCGGCAGAUGUCCUGUAUUUUGUUGCUGAUGCCGCGGACGAUCACCUUUUCAAAGGACAACCUGAGGCAAUGCGGGAUGCUUGGGGUGACAAAGCCCACUAA